AUGGAGACUGCUAGGAAACCUCAACCACAGUUUCGCCUGCCUAUAGCCAAAAGCUUCUCCUUCAUCAUCCCCGAAAAGUGGAAGACUAACCCUUCCGUCGUCCGCUGGAUUGACAACCUUCCCGGCCACGUCGAACGAGAGGAACCGCUGGAACCUGCCCGCAUCCAAACUCCCAAACGCGGCUUGGAAACCCCCGACCUGGUCGACAUGCGCGACGACGAGAGCCACCGCGCCAAGCGAACGAGAAUGGGCUCCUCCCUAAGCUACAAGGAGGAUAACCACAGACGCAGCAGCUUCGCUCGCGGCCUGAUCCGUCGAGCCUCCACCAUAUAUCGCCGAGUCGUUAGCUCUGAGAAACCCGAAGAAUCGCCCACAGGCUCUACGAUUUCCGGAACGCCUUCGCUGCCCGGAACGCCUGCUACUCCUGUCGAACGCCCCCGUAUGAGAUUCGUUUUUGUUGGAGACAUCGGCUGUGGAAAGUCGAACUUGUUACUUCGCUACUACCGCGAUGCCUUCAAUCCCGUAAGUCACCCGUUUGGACCUAAAGGCAAGGAGUCCUCGGUAGGAAAGCGGCCUGCUCACAUCAGACAGAUGCAUGUCAGAACCCAGUAUGAAUUGUUCAACAAGGUCGCCAGUGUAGACGGACAGAAAGUCGACCUGGAGCUGUGGGACACAUCCGGCGACAUCUCGCUCCACCAGCUGCAACUUCUUUCCUACCUCGCGUGGGACGCCGUGUUCCUCUGCUUCAGCAUGGAUGACAUCACACGCUUCAAAGCUGUCCAGAGAACGUGGAUGGACGAAAUCCAGAAGUUCUGCGGCGAUGUCCCGUUCAUCUUGCUCGGCCUGAAGAAGGACAAAUUCAACAGCUCCAACACGCGAGCCCCUUUCCAUCCGGACCUUGAAUCGCCGGUUUCUGCUACCGAGGAUUCGUCCGGAGCCAUGAUCAUGCGCGGAAUGAAGUACAUGGAGUGCUCGGCGAAAACGGGCGAGAACGUGGACCGCGUGUUCGAGGAGGCUGUCCGGACGGUGUUCUACGAGCGAGAGGAGCAGGAGGUGCUCUUCCGCCUUCGCCAGGAGUACGGCGAGCUGGAGUCGAUGAACCCGGGCUUCAACAUGUGUUUCCGGUAG